AUGACAGAAGUUCAGGACAGGAGGUCUCGCUCCCAGUCAAAAUCUCCAGCUGGGAGUCCUGCUCGUGUAAAAUCGGAGAGCAGGUCAGGAUCUCGCAGUCCAUCAAGGGCUUCCAAACCUUCUGAAUCGCACUCUAGAUCAAGGUCAAAAUCAAGAUCCAGAUCCAGAAGACAUUCGCACAGACGUUACACUCGUUCCAGAUCCCAUUCCCAUUCUCAUUCCCAUAGGAGACGUUCUCGAAGCAGAUCGUACACACCAGAAUACCGUCGUCGAAGGAGCCGUAGUCAUUCUCCAAUGUCCAACAGGAGAAGGCACACUGGCAGCAGAGCUAAUCCAGAUCCUAAUACGUGUCUCGGAGUGUUUGGUCUCAGUUUGUAUACCACUGAGAGAGAUUUGCGUGAAGUGUUUUCCCGUUAUGGACCUUUGACUGGUGUUAAUGUGGUUUAUGAUCAACGGACUGGACGAUCGAGAGGAUUUGCUUUCGUUUAUUUUGAGAGAAUCGAUGAUUCUAAAGAGGCAAUGGAGCAUGCGAACGGUAUGGAGCUGGAUGGCAGGAGGAUUCGGGUGGAUUACUCGAUCACCAAGAGAGCACAUACACCCACCCCAGGCAUCUACAUGGGCAGGCCAACACACAGUGGAGGAGGUGGUGGCGGUGGAGCAGGUCGUCGCCGUGACUCAUAUUAUGAUAGGGGAUAUGACAGAGGAUACGACAGAUAUGAAGAAUAUGACUACAGAUACAGGAGACGAUCGCCAUCGCCUUAUUAUAGUCGAUACCGAUCACGGUCAAGAUCCCGUUCCUACAGUCCGAGACGCUACUGAAGAUAGAAGAGCUACAGCUGAGGACAUGAUUUUUAAAUACGAAGUUCAGAUCUUACCUUCCCUACUGCUCUCCCUCCCAUCCCUCCCUUCCUGGUCCUUCAUCCAGCUCUUUUACAAAUCUUUGGUUCAUUUAGAAUAUACAUACUUUCUGUUGAAGUAUUCCUGUUUUUCAUCCCUCCUUAUUGUAACACUCUGAAAUAUUGUAAUUGUUGUAGUUUUUGUGUAGUAAAACAUCUUAAGUAAAAUGAAAUAGAGAACCCAAAGUGCUGAUACCUUUUGGAAGUCGUUCCUAUUUCGUUUUUAAAACAAUUGGACUCCUGACUAAUCUUUCAUAUUUUUAAAGCUUGCAUGUCAUGUGUAAUAUACACACUCAGAUACUUUAAUAUGAACCUGCAUUUCCAAGUAACUCGUUAAUCUUUCUGUUAAAAUGUUUGCCUAUUACUUUGAUAAACAAGUAACGACUUUGAGCCUUUUCUGUAAUGACAAAUUUACUUAGAUAGUCAUGAACCAGAGGAUUUUUUUUUUUUUUUUUUGUCAGGUAGUUGCUUUGAGUGUAGACUCUUUGAGCUAGAGUAAAAUUUGGUAUUCGACUGACUAGGAAAAUAGAUCCUUGUACACUCAAAAUUAAGACUGUAUUUUAUAGGUAAAGUUUCGGAAUUGCUACGCAGUGGAUAACGUUAAAAGUUAAAGCUGUAAAAAUCUUGGGUUUUUUGUUGUACUUGGUUGAAUAUUUCCCCUUAAUCGGCGCAAGAGAAAAAAUAUUUAUUGAACAUAGCAAUUAGUUAUAUAAUUUGCUGUUCAUUUAAACAACAAUAACAAAAACUGCCAACUUUUUGGUAUUGCAAUAAUGAUUAAGCACGUUUCAUUUCCAGUCCUUUUUGGAGUUUUGAAAGUAUGGAUGGAAAAACCUACAACUACAUGUAAACCUUUUUUUUCCCUGUUCAAUAAAAGUUAAUUCCACCGA